CCACCCAACCAAUUCUUUAUUCAUUUCCCACUUCUCAAUCUUUCUUGCUAUAUUCACGUAACCUUAUACCACCUCCAUCUAUAAAUAGACAUACAUCUCAACGCUUAUCCUUGCUCAUACACAUCCCCAAAUUAAAACCACUCUAAUUUAGAUAUUAAAUCUUGCUUGUUCAAAUUAAUUAUUACCAAUAAUAUGGCAAAGUUGAAGCCGUGUGCUCUUCUUGCUUUGCUCCUUUUAUCGACACUCGCAACCGUCUCCCAAAGCCGAGUCGUGAGGAAAGAUCUCGGCUUGGACUUGGGCGGCUUAGGCGGCGGAGUCGGCCUCGGAGUUGGGGUCGGCAUUGGCUUGGGAGGCGGUGGUAGUGGCUCCGGAGCCGGGGCUGGCUCUGGCUCUGGCGCUGGCUCCGGUGGGGGUGGAAGCUCUAGCUCCAGUUCGAGCUCGAGUUCGUCGAGCUCCAGCUCGAGUGGAGGUGGUGGAGGAGGUGCGGGCUCGGAAGCCGGCUCGUCUGCUGGGUCACGAGCUGGAUCGGGUUCAGGUGGCGCUGGUUCGGAAGCAGGCUCGUCUGCCGGGUCAAGGGCCGGAUCACGAGCCGGGUCGGGUGGCAACCAUGGAUAAGGGUUUUGCAUGUGAUUUAUGGAAAAUAAUUCCAUUGUUCGUUAAAAUUGGAGAAUCAUGUGGAAAAAAAUUAGGCUAUAAUCAUAAGAUGUGUGUGUGUGUGAAAAAGUAAAGUAAAAUAAUAAGCUAGUAAUGAUCGUGGUAUCAUACAUGGUUUAUGUUAAUGUUGUUUUUGUUAUAUUUUACUCGUGUUUAUUGGUGUUGGUUGUAAUAUGGUCACAAUGUAACCUUGAUUUUCUGUGUAUUACUUAUUAAUUUCUUUUGGUAA